AUGUCUUCCAAUGAAAAAAUUUCAAUACCAAAAAUGAACCGAUCUCGUUGGGGUCAUCCAUUGGUACUUAUUGCAUCGGUUAUUGGUCUUGCUGGUUCCAGUGCUGUCUAUUACGCACAAAUUCGUGCACGACAAAAAGCUCGAAAUACUUUCCUUGAACAAUCUUUUUACAAGGAAGCAUUAGAAUUAACACAAGGUUAUAAACCAAUAACAGAAAAACUUGUUGAACCAAUUCAACCACUUCAAGUUGAUACAACUAGUAAAUUCAAUAUUCUUUCACCGCUCGGUGCACAAGCUCAAAUUUAA